AUGGGUAAAUUGACUUCCACGAUCGGUAUUCCGAUCAAGCUCCUCAAUGAGGCUCAGGGCCACGUUGUUACCCUCGAGAUCACGUCUGGUGUCGUCUACCGCGGAAAACUCCUUGAGGCCGAGGAUAACAUGAACGUCCAACUGAAGGAUAUCACGGUCACUGCGCGCGACGGUCGCGUGUCACAUCUCGACCAGGUGUACAUUCGGGGAAGCCAUGUGAAGUUUUUCAUUGUGCCGGAUAUGCUUAGAAACGCUCCCAUGUUCCGCUCAAGGGGCCAGCGUGGUCGCGGUGUUGGUCUUGCUCGUGGUAAGGCUACGGUGCAGAGGGCGAGGGGACAGAGACGGGGUUAG